AUGGGGAAAUACAAAAUUGCAAUUUUGUUGCUUUGUUCAUUUUUUGCAUUAUCAUUUUCUGAGGUAGAAAUCAAAGCAAAAUUGAAACUCCUCAAUAAGCCUGCAGUGAAAACUAUCAAGAGUGAAGAUGGAGAUAUUAUUGAUUGUGUCAACAUUUAUCAACAACCUGCUUUUGAUCAUCCAGCUCUAAAAAAUCACACAAUUCAGAAAAUACCAACAUUUUUGAAAGAAUCACACUCCAAUUCUCAAGACUAUCUUAAGAUAUCUCAAACAUGGCAGAAAAGUGGAAGUUGUCCAAAAGGAACUAUUCCUAUUCGAAGAAUUCUAAAGAAAGACUUAUUAAGAGCUGCUUCUCUUAAUCGCUUUGGAAUAAAGCCAGUAGCAUUGUUGAAUAAUUCAACAAACACUUCAAAUUUCAAUGGCUCCCUUGAAGCUAUUACGAAUAGUCAUUCGGGAGCACAUCUUCAAACAUCAGGAUCCAAUUUUAUAGGUGCAGAUGGAAAUAUUAAUAUUUGGAAUCCAAAAAUUGAGCUAGAUGGGGAUUCUUCAACUGCUCAAAUAUGGCUCAAGGCUGGAAAUGGUUUAGAUUUUGAAAGCAUUGAAGCAGGAUGGAUGGUGAAUCCAAAUUACUAUGGUAACAAUGACACCAGACUUUUUGCCUAUUGGACUAGCGAUUCAUAUAAAACAACUGGUUGCUUUGAUCUCACUUGCUCUGGAUUUGUGCAAACAAACAAUGAAUUUACUCUUGGUGGUGCCAUAACUCCCAUUUCAUCUGAUAAUGGAGAACAAUUUGAACUCAAUAUUGGAAUACACUUGGAUGAAUUGGGACAUUGGUGGCUUAAAAUAAACCGUAAUGUUCCUAUUGGAUAUUGGCCAGCUGGAUUAUUUGUAUCUUUAAAACACAGUGCAGUAUUGGUUCAAUGGGGUGGAGAAGUGUUUAGUUCAAAAGUGAGAACAAGUCCUCCUCACACAGGAACAUGGAUGGGAAGUGGAUAUACUGCAGAGGAUGGAUUUGGACAUGCAUGUUUUAUACGUAAUAUAAGGAUUCGGGAUUAUUCACUUCAGGUUAAAUAUCCAGAUUCUAUAAGUAUAGCUUCUCAAGAACCUUAUUGUUAUAGUGUUUUCAAUGAUGAUAGAGGUGGAAAAGAUCCUGAGUUUUAUUUUGGUGGAUCUGGACGUAGCGCUACUACUUCUGCCAACAGUACUACUGUUAUCACUAUUGAUGCUACUAUUGUUGCUAUUACUGUUGCUGAUACUGCUUUUGCUGGGGUUGUGAUUAAAUCUUCAUCUGUCGUGCCUCUUGCUAAUGGGAACUUUGUUUCCUAUCCUUGGGGCAUGCCUACUCAUCACUCUCCUCAGGUGGUUGAUAUUGACAACCAUGAGAUUCCUCAGGGCCAAACUCAUCAAAGUUUUGUGCCAGUCACUAUUAAAACUCCUAAUGAUAAUGAACCUGAAUAUAAAGGUCCUCACCUUCAUUUUCAUGUUCCUCCUCAGGCUAUUCAACCUACUAUUCAUAAUUUGAAUCAAGGUGUCCAAAUGCCUCCCCUUUAUUCUAGGGCUUCUUCUGCAGUUGCACCUCCAUUUACUCACUAUGGAGCAUCCUAUGCUCCAUAUGGGAUCAGUAUGUUGAAAACGGGGAAGAUCGCUAGCAUUGAGAGUCAGCAAACUGUGGCUAAGAAACCAUGGGGUGGUUUUUCUAAGAAGAAGAAGAAAGCUGAGGCAAGUGUUGUGAUAGCAAGUUUCCACCCUUAA